AUGGGCAAGUUCAUGAAACCCGGGAAGGUGGUGCUGGUUCUGGCCGGUCGCUACUCCGGACGUAAAGCGGUCAUCGUGAAGAACAUUGAUGACGGCACCUCAGACCGACCCUACAGCCACGCUCUGGUGGCUGGAAUUGAUCGCUAUCCCCGCAAAGUGACAGCUGCCAUGGGCAAGAAGAAAAUCGCCAAGAGGUCAAAGAUCAAGUCUUUUGUGAAAGUUUAUAAUUAUAAUCACCUCAUGCCCACACGGUACUCCGUGGAUAUCCCCUUGGAUAAAACUGUUGUCAACAAGGAUGUCUUCAGAGACCCUGCUCUCAAACGCAAGGCCCGACGAGAAGCAAAGGUCAAGUUUGAGGAGAGUGUGGCGCCCUUCCCCAGGCUCAUUCAUUCUCUGGUUGUUCCCCCUCUGCUCCAACAGGCUCUCCAGGCCCUUCAGGAGGAACAGGCCAGACUAAAGAUAAGGCUGCAGGAGCUGCAGGUGCUGCAGAGGAAUCUCAGGGACUGCCCCCAAGACAAGGUCCCAUUCCCUGUGCCCGAGUCCCCCCUGGUGUUCCGAGGACACUUUCAGGAGGGCAAGGCAACGGCCAAGUCUGUGGUUUCCCAUGUGCGGAUUUGUUACCCUCUGCCUGGAGGCUCUGCUCUGGUGACCUUUGAUGACCCCAAUGUGGCCAAGCAGGUGCUGCAGCAAAAGGAGCAUCAGAUCAACGUGGAAGGGUUCCGGCUGAGGGUUCAAGUCCAGCCCCUGGAGCUACCCGUGCUGACCAGCAUCCAGGUGUCCAGCCGGAAGAAUGACCAGAGAGUGCUGGUCAGUGGGUUUCCUGCUGAGCUCAAGCUAAGUGAGGAGGAGCUGCUGGACAAGCUGGAGAUCUUCUUUGGCAAGACCAAGAAUGGAGGUGGUGACGUGGAGAUGAGGGAACUGCUGCAAGGGGGUGUCAUGCUGGGCUUUACUGAGGAUGGAGUGGCCCAGCACCUGUGCCAGAAGGGCCAGUUCACAGUGCCACUGGGUAAGCAGCAGUCCUGUCUGACAGUCUCUCCCUACAUGAGCGGGAAGAUCCAGAAGGCCGAGGUCAGACCCCAGCCUGUGCCCCAGUCCGUGCUGGUGCUCAACAUUCCCGAUGUCCUGGACAGCCCGGAGCUACAAGACAUCCUGGAGAUCCACUUCCAGAAACCCACCCGUGGAGGUGGGGAGGUGGAAGCUGUGACAGUCGUGCCCCCGGGACAGUGGGGCCUGGCAGUCUUCACUUCGAAGUCAGGCUAG